CGGAAACAUAAUCAGUUGUUUUAUAACUUAUGCUCGGUUUGUCAUAUGCUAAUAGCCAACGGCCUUGUCUUGCAGAUAACACAAAUGUAGGCUAUAUGUACUUAUAUGUAAUUGUUGCUUUGCGAACUUUAUUAUUUCAGAGGAGAAAUAAUGAGAAAGAAGCAAAAUGUUAAAAAUAGAAGGGCAGAGGAGACCACAGUCCAAGAGUUUGUGGUGGAAAAAAUCAUCCACCGGAGAGUGACAAACGGAAAAGUGGAAUAUUUCCUGAAAUGGAAAGGGUUUAAUGAAACUGAAAAUACUUGGGAACCGGAGGAUAAUCUUGAUUGUCCAGAGCUGAUUGAGGAAUUCCUUAGAAAUCUUAAAACUGCAGAGGAAUCCAAGAAAGAGGUGCAUCUCCCCGUAAAGCCAGAGGGCAGCCUAACAGUGGAGCUUACCGAGUUGGAGAGAGAUGCUUGUUCUCAGACAGCCUACACUCAGCUUGAGACAGAAGAACCUGAAGAUCAGAACUCUGGGCUGUCUCCGAGUCGACCCAGUCUUUCAGAACCAGAACGCAUCAUUGGCUCCACAGACAGACAAGGGGAACUCAUGUUUCUUGUCAAAUGGAAAGAUGUGGACCAACUGGCCCUGCUGUCCGCAAAAGAGGCCAGCACGAGAUGCCCUGAGAUGGUCAUCGCUUUUUAUGAGGACAAGCUUGCUUGGCAUGGGGAGGAGGAACAGCAGUGAGAGAGAA